UCUCUCUCUCUCUCUCUCUCUCUUGUCCUCUUUGAGACUGUGUCUUGAGUUUAUUUUCUGUCUUCCCCCACCAGAGAGGGGAAUGAUUCCUUGCCGUGUUCCUCCACCACCGAACACCCUCUCCCAUCACUCCCUUGCGCUGACCCCAAACAGCUCUUAACCUGCGCGCCCCCCUCUUAUCCUGCGCGCCCUUCAAGACCCCACCUCCCACUUCAAAACCUAGUCACCCCUCUUGGGAGCCCUCCCAGACCCAGAUCGCCGGAACACCCGAUCGGAGGUUGAGUUCGCCGGAAUCGGACACCGGGGCUCGGUCUAGGGCUAGGGUUUGGGUCCAUGAGAGAUGUGGGAUGCUAGAGGUAUUGAUGAGUCUGCUAUCUUCAUGUUGGAACCCGCUGGGUCACAAUGAUGGUAGUACCGGCGGCGGUGGCACCAAUUUGGGCUCUUUCUCCAGGGAAGGUAAGGACGGCCUGCUAUGGUUCAGGGACAUCGGGAAAUAUGCCGCCGGCGAGUUCUCUAUGGCGGUGGUUCAGGCGAAUCAGGUCCUCGAAGAUCAGAGUCAAAUCGAGUCCGGUCAAUUUGGGACAUUUGUGGGGGUUUAUGAUGGCCACGGCGGCCCUGAUGCUGCCCGAUAUGUUUGUGACAAUCUGUUUCGGAAUUUUCAAGCAGUCUCAGCUGAGACACAGGGAGUUGUGACGAGCGAAACCAUUCGAAGAGCCUUCCUGGAGACAGAAGCAGGGUUCACUUCCCUUGUUUCAAAUGUAUGGAGUACCCAACCGAACAUGGCUACUGUUGGGACAUGCUGCCUUGUUGGAGUAAUAUGUAAUCGGACCCUUUUUAUAGCAAACCUUGGAGAUUCUCGGGUUGUACUGGGGAAGAAGGUAGGGAACACGGGAGUAGUGGCUGCUAUACAGCUAUCAGCUGAGCACAAUGCAAAUAUUGAGUCAGUAAGACAAGAGCUUAAGGAGCUACACCCUAACGACCCGCAAAUCGUUGUCCUGAGGCAUGGAGUUUGGAGGGUGAAGGGUGUAAUUCAGGUUUCUAGAUCGAUUGGGGAUGUGUAUUUGAAAGACUCGCAGUUUAAUAGGGAACCGAUAAACCCAAAGUUUCGACUUCCUGAGCCGUUUGACAUGCCUCUGUUGUCUGCCAACCCAACCAUCAUUUCUCAUCCUAUUCACCCGAAUGAUUCAUUCCUUAUAUUUGCGUCUGAUGGUCUGUGGGAACAUCUGACUAAUGAGAAGGCCGUGGAAAUCGUGCAAAGCAACCCUCGAGCGGUUUUUGACUCAUAUUAUAUGCAACACUGAGCUAGAGCUGGGAGAAUCUCUUGAAAACCAAAUUUAUCAUCCGCAUAGGUCACUAAGGUUCCAUUUCCACAUCAAUUGCCAUUGAAAUUACACUGAUCAGCAUGUCUAUGAUUGAUCCAGAUGAGUUCUUUUUCUUGGGUCUGUUGGGACAACUUUUGAUUGCUAAGAUUCUUGCAUUAGUUGUCACUAGAUGCACGCCUACACUAUGCGCUGAUAUUUUUAAAACUUAUUAUAUGAAACUUGUUUUAUGAUUGAAAUCGACAGAUUUGUGAAAAGAUAUGGUUAGUUGGGUUUGUUGUCUCAGUUUAUUUCCUCUUUUCAAGUGGACAUUCCUUAACGGUAAAACAUUAAUAGAAAUUAGUAAGCUAUUAUGAUAUUAAAAUUAAAAUAAAUAUUAAAAGAAAAUUAGCCUGUGCAUGAUUAAUCUGGGGAGAAGGAAAGAGAAAAAGAAAAAAAAAGAGGGAGGGAGAGAAAAGUGGGGAGCGGGUGGUUAUUUUUACGAUCAUGUUCUUGAUCUGAGCUAUUAAGUAAUUAAGUUUAGAUUAUAGUAUGGGUACAAAUGGAAGUGGAAAGUGAGAUAAGGAUGCUUCUUCCUUUGCUUAUGCUAUCAUGCUGGGAGAAGCUACCCUUUGUCGAAGUUUUCAGUUCCAACUUUAUCCCUAUAAUCUAUAUUUCAUUAUUUAAUCACCUUUAAGUUGAUGGCAUGAUUGUAAUGUUUCAUAAAAUAAUUACCCACUUUCCUCUUUUCUCCCUUUGCUUUCUCUUCUCUCUCUCCCCCUUAAAUGAACGUGCAAAUCUUCUUUUCUUUUAAUAUUUAUUUUAGUACUUUUAUUAUAUUUUACUGAAUUCUAUUAAUUUUUUAUUGCGAGGGAGAACAUGAAUUCACUUUGAGGGUAAGAGAAGAGGAAAAUAGAGGGACAAAAUAAACCUAACGAUAUUUUAUGGUGCAACCAUUUGAUUUCAAUUUGAGGAUGAAUGUGGUAUAAGAUAUAAACCCAAGACAUGCCGCGGGCAUUGCAUUUAGUAAUGAUAGAGA